UUUCUCACUGUACAAAGCCUUGGUCCAAAAAUUUCGAAAGAAACCCCCACGCCAAAUCAAGUGACACCUUAGUUUGUCACUCAAUAAACCGGAUCGAACCAUGUCUGAACAACAUAAACAAGUUCAGAUCAACAAUGCUAUCAAAGCCAUCAAAACCAAAAAAAGUAAUGAGCAAGACUUGAGCUGGCACGUCACUGAUGAUGGCACCAAGAUAAACACCAAGGAGAGAGUGGUUACAUCCAUCAAUCCUCCCGCCACUUUCCAACCAUCCGAUCAUCAGGUGUUCCUACCCAACGGCUUACCCAACUGUGCAUUCUUGAAGACCCAUUUUUUUAAUGAAGGAAGAUUGAGAGAAGAUCAAGCUAUUCGUAUUUUAAGAGAUGCUACUGAAUUAUUAUCAAGUGAGCCAAACAUGUUGGAAGUCCCAGCUCCUGUCACCGUGUGUGGGGAUAUCCAUGGCCAGUAUUAUGACUUGAUGAAGCUAUUUGAAGUGGGAGGUGAUCCUGCAAAUACAUCCUACUUAUUCCUUGGUGACUAUGUCGAUAGAGGGUCAUUUUCCAUCGAAUGCUUGUUAUACUUAUACUCAAUCAAGUUGACGUAUCCAGACACUUUUUUCAUGUUGAGAGGUAACCAUGAGUGUAAGCAUUUAACGGAGUACUUUACAUUCAAGAAUGAAUGCUUGCAUAAAUAUUCGGAACGGUUAUACGAAGAGAGCUUAAGGUCUUUUAACGCGUUGCCAUUAGUGGCUAUAAUGAACAAACAAUUCUUUUGUGUUCAUGGAGGUAUUUCCCCCGACUUACAAACGUUGAAUGAUGUGAUCAGAUUGGAUAGGUUUAGAGAACCUCCAACCAAAGGGUUAAUGUGUGACUUAUUGUGGGCAGAUCCCCUUGAAGAUUAUGAUGAAGACAAGUUGGAUCACAGCUUUAUCAGAAAUGCGGUGCGAGGCUGUUCUUAUUCAUUUACUUACAGAGCUUCGUGUCUGUUUUUGGAAAGAACUGGGUUGUUGUCGAUCAUUAGGGCUCAUGAGGCUCAAGACGCUGGUUACAGAAUGUACAAAAGAACUAAAACAAUGGGAUUUCCGUCCCUUUUGACUAUGUUUAGUGCCCCCAACUACUUGGACAGCUACAAUAAUAAAGCUGCUGUUUUGAAGUAUGAAAAUAAUGUCAUGAAUAUCAGACAAUUCAAUUCCUCUCCUCAUCCUUACUGGUUACCUCAAUUCAUGGACGUUUUCACUUGGUCUUUACCUUUUGUCGGUGAAAAAGUCACCGAUAUGUUGGUAUCUAUUUUGAACGUCUGCACGGAAGAUGAAUUAAGCGAAGACACGGAAGAUGAAAAGUUGAACUUCAACCCCGAAUCAGAACCUUCAUCUCCAAUUUCAUACAAAAGAACCUUUUCAUUUUCCAACAUCCCAUCUACUGAUAAUGAUGCCAAACUUGACACUUACGAAGGCAGAAAACAAGCUUUACGUAACAAGGUGGUUGCCAUUGGCAGGGUAUCAAGAAUGUAUCAGUUGUUGAGAGAAGAGACUGAAGAUGUUGCCAAGUUAAAAAGCUUGAACAGUGGACAACUUCCCAAGGGAUCUCUUUUGCAUGGUAGUAAAGGGUUGAAGGAGGUAAUCACGACAUUUGAAGAUGCCCGGAAAGCCGAUUUGAUUAAUGAAAAGUUACCUCCCACAAGAGAAGACCAAAUAAGAAUAGAACAAGAGAGACGACAAAAACUCCAACAGGAAAUCAACAACGACUCCAAUAGAGAUCCCGUUUUCCAAAAGCUCAUGAGAAGACUUUCCUAAGGUUAAGUAUAUAUGUCUGUAUCUAUACUUGGGCAUAGAAUGAUGAGAUUAAUAUGUGAAUAAAUAGUAUACCCACAACGCUUUG